AUGGGGCACACGCUCCUGACAAAAUUACCGACGGAAUUGGCAACGGGAUUGCCGACGGGAUUACCGACAAGGUUAUUGACGGAUUUACCGACGGGAUUACCGACGGAUUUACCGACAAGGUUAUCGACGGGAUUACCGACGGGAUUACCGACGGAAUUACCGACAAGGUUAUCGGCGGGAUUACCGACGGGAUUACCGACGGAAUUACCGACAAGGUUAUCGACGGGAUUACCGACGGGAUUACCGACGGAAUUACCGACAAGGUUAUCGACGGGAUUACCGACGGGAUUACCGACGGAAUUACCGACAAGGUUAUCGACGGGAUUACCGACGGGAUUACCGACGGAAUUACCGACAAGGUUAUCGACGGGAUUACCGUCGGGAUUGCCGACGGAAUUACCGACAAGGUUAUCGACGGGAUUACCGACGGGAUUACCGACGGAAUUACCGACAAGGUUAUCGACGGGAUUACCGACGGGAUUACCGACGGAAUUACCGACAAGGUUAUCGACGGGAUUACCGACGGGAUUACCGACGGAAUUACCGACAAGGUUAUCGACGGGAUUACCGUCGGGAUUGCCGACGGGAUUAUCGGCGAGAUUACUGAAAAAAAAUUGCUUGUUAAAUAGUAGAUGA